AUGGAGUAUCGUUCGCCUUUGGGUUAUAAUUUUAAAUUAGAACAAAGUUUAUCUGCAUCGUCGAAAACGGAUUCGCAGAUUUCGACGUGCAAUUCUGAUAAUUCUUAUUCUUCUAAUAGUAAUUUAAAUAAUUCAUAUGGUGAAAAUAGCAGAUGGCAAUCAUCUAAAGGUCAUGGAAGGUACAAUAAUUACUCACCUGCUACCCACAGACAAAGUCAAAAUUGGAAAUCACCACAUUCUAGAAAUUCAAAUUAUGAUAAUAAAUCAAAAUUGGACAUAUCGCAAUAUUAUCAUCAUUCAAUGAUGGAAGAUCCAUGGAAAGAACUCGAAACUGCAUAA